AUGGUCGCCGCAGGCGACGAGCACACCGUGCUCCUGAGGAGCGACGGGGCCGCCGUGGCCUGCGGCCUGGCGUACGUGCAGGUCGCCGCAGGCGGCGUGCACACCGUGCUCCUGAGGAGCGACGGGGCCGCCGUGGCCUGCGGCUGGAAUGUAUUCCAGCAGUGCGACCUCCCGGCGCUUCGAACCCGCUGGGCGCACUGGCUGCGGUGGCAGCCCUGCCUCCGUUACGUGGCGUGCCGCCCGCCGCCCAGGGCAUUGCCGGCGCCGGACGCGUCGCCCUCGGCGUUGUUCCGCGUCCCCGAGUCCAUCGACCUGGCUGCUGCAAACGAGCUCCAGGCUGCUGUCCGCAGGCGCGCGAUGGCCUUGUGUGGCAACGACCUGAGCGCCUACUACCCCAAGAUCGUGCUGUCGUACGCCACUGGCUCGCGAGGAGGCUGCGACGGGCAGGGGGCGGGCCCGGGAGUUGUGCACGUGUCGGCUCUCAUGCAUGCACUGUUCGACGCAGACCUUCCGUGCUACUCUGGCUUGACCCUGCCAGUUGGCCGGAACUGGGAAGUAUCCAAUGCGGUUGGUUAA